AUGGACAUCUGCCUGCUUGUCUUGGUGUCUUUUCUGUCUAUGUUUCACUUGAGCGGAGCUGACCAGCCUCUAGGCUGGAAGGGCGGUAAUUGUAGCAAGAAAGGUGGAGCUGCUUGGGGAUGGAUUGAUGCCAAUCCGGACAGAGAAGAAGUUCAAAAAGCUGCAAAAGAAGCUGUAGAGCAAUUCAACAGCGAGUCCAAAGCAAAGAAAUACUUCAAACUCAUUAAUGUCACAUCAGCUCGCACUCAGGUGACAAACAGGGUAAACUUCAAAAUAGAGGCCAUUAUUGGAAAGACGAAAUGCCACAAAUUGGAAGGUGUAAACAUUGAGUCUUGUCUCAUGGCAAAAAAGCAACUGACAUGCAGGUUUUGA